AUCUCCGCUUUGUGCUCGGCACCGUCGACAUCAAAACGCUCCGAGACUUUGGUGUGUAGCCUUUGCGUGCGUUUGGAGGUGGGGGUGUAAAAGAGGGAGGGGAAACACAGGCGAGUGCUUAUGAAUGCUGAGAUGCGACGCACCGACACGCACUCCGAGGACCAAUUGUCGUCCUAUUAAAGUCUAUGCGCGCGGUGUUUCGCCUUGUUUACCUUCUGCCUAAAGUGAUGUCUGAAGACACGCAGCGCCAACUUCCUGAAAACCCUGCCACGAUGUGAUGCCACUGCUUUUUUUCAACCGCUGAAUGACGUCUCACAAGGAGAGGGGAUGAAAACUCGGCGCACAGUGAAUCCCUCUCUGUGACUCAUUCAUUUUGUAUAAAUGCGACCGGUUGCGGAGACCCGGGCAGAUCCGAGGCGUUAAUUGGCGGAAGUUUCUCGUUCGUGCACGCGCAUUUGGGCUCUCGUCGUCGUUUCCCCCUUCUUGUAUUUUGGAGUGUGCGGGGAAGAUGCGCUGUUCAGCCCGGGGAAACCGACGGCACCGGCGGCCGAGCCUCCCCUGCGCUCGCGUGGAGUUGGUGUGAGCAGGAAGAAUGUCCCCCACUUCUGCUGGUCCUAACGAGUAUUAAUGCGUUUUCGUUCUACAUCCGUCUUAUUGGCGACUUCGCGUCUUUACAUUAACGCGUUUGGAUCGAGAAGAAAUUGCCCAAAUCAGGCCAGGUUAUCUGUGGCUGGUUUUUCCCGACUAUCCUGGACGUCGCCCGUUUGAAUGGGAACUGAAUCAGCGUCAGAGUCUUCGCCAUUCAACAAGCUGCAGCGCGCACUCCUGACAGCGCCGCGAUGGGCGCAGUUCGCCUGAGCUCUCUGCCGCGUCUUGGCUCGUCCCUGCAGCUUGUUGAGUCUCCUCCCUGGUGACAAGAAUGGGUUCGUUUUAGCAAACUUCCUCGCUUCUCUGGCUCUAUCGUCCGGCGGAUCGCAGUCUCCAUCCCUCCACAACUUGACCAUGGCUCGUCCCGAGCGGCGCGUAAAGCUGGGCUCCGUCUGGAGCGCGCUGUGGCUCAUGAGGACGGUGGUGGAUUUCGCGGCGCCUCAGGAGACGUACGCGCCGCAUUCGAUACGGACCGAGGGGCACCUGACUCUCGGCGGACUCUUCCCGGUGCACGCCCGAGGAGCGGACGGCGCGCCGUGCGGCGACCUCAAACGGGAGAACGGCAUCCAGCGGCUCGAGGCCAUGAUGUACGCGCUGGACCAGAUCAACCAGGACGAGCAGCUCCUUCCCAACAUCACGCUGGGCGCGCGCGUGCUGGACACUUGUUCGAGGGACACGUACGCGCUGGAGCAGUCCUUAACUUUCGUCCAGGCCCUGAUCACGAAGGACACGUCGGACGUGAGGUGCACCAACGGGGAGCCGCCGGUGUUUGUCAAGCCUGAAAAAGUGGUGGGAGUCGUCGGAGCGUCCGCGAGUUCAGUAUCGAUUAUGGUCGCCAACAUCCUACGCCUCUUUCAGAUCCCGCAGAUCAGCUACGCGUCCACAGCCCCGGAGUUGAGCGACGACCGGCGCUACGACUUCUUCUCGCGGGUGGUUCCUCCGGACUCCUUCCAGGCCCAGGCCAUGGUGGACAUCAUCCGAGCCCUGGGGUGGACCUACGUCUCCACCGUUGCCUCAGAAGGCAGCUAUGGAGAGAAGGGAGUGGAGGCCUUCACACAGCUCUCUAAAGAAGCAGGUGGAAUCUGCAUCGCCCAGUCCUUGAAGGUUCCACACAACCCCAAGACAGAGGACUACGACAAAGUCAUCCAGCAGCUGCUGGAGACGCAGCACUCGCGGGCAGUCAUCAUCUUCGCCAGCGAGGAAGACAUACGGGGGGUUCUCAGUGCCACCAAGAGGGCCAAUCAGGUGGGCCAUUUCCUGUGGAUCGGCUCCGACAGCUGGGGGGCCAAGAGCAGCCCAAUCCAACAGCUGGAGGACGUGGCAGAGGGAGCCGUCACCGUGCUGCCCAAGCGCUCCUCCAUUAAAGGGUUUGAUGAAUACUUCACCGGACUCACCCUCGAGAACAACCGCAGGAACGUGUGGUUCGCUGAGUUCUGGGAGGAAAACUUCGACUGCAGGCUCCUGAGUGCGUCCAAGAAGGAGGACACCAGCCGUAAAUGCACAGGCCAGGAACGCAUCGGGAUCGACUCCAGGUACGAGCAGGAGGGGAAGGUGCAGUUCGUGAUUGACGCGGUGUACGCCAUGGCCCACGCGCUCCACAACAUGCAGAGGGACCUGUGUCCCGAUCAUCCUGGCAUCUGCCCACAAAUGGAGUCCGCGGAAGGAAAGACGCUGCUCAAGUACAUACGCAACACCAGCUUCAACGGCAGCGCCGGCACCUCUGUGGUGUUUAACAAGAACGGCGACGCUCCCGGACGCUACGACCUGUUCCAGUUCCAGAUGACCAACGCCUCCACGGCCGAGUACAGGGUGGUGGGACAGUGGGUGGAGAGCCUGCAGCUCAGGCUGGAGGACCUGCAGUGGCCGGACGGAGAGCAGGAGGCGCCCGUCUCCGUGUGCAGCCUGCCCUGCAGGACCGGGGAGAGGAAGAAGAGGGUGAAGGGCAUGCCGUGCUGCUGGCACUGCGAGCUCUGCGACGGCUACCAGUACCAGCACGACGAGACCUCCUGCAGGAUGUGCGCCUACAACCUGAGGCCCAACUCCAACAGGACCGCCUGCCAGCCCAUCCCCAUCGUGAAGCUGGAGUGGCACUCGCCGUGGGCCGUCAUCCCCGUCUUCCUGGCCAUGCUGGGCAUCAUCGCCACCAUCUUCGUCAUGGCCACCUUCGUGCGCUACAACGACACGCCCAUCGUGAGGGCGUCGGGCCGCGAGCUGAGCUACGUGCUGCUGACGGGCAUCUUCCUCUGCUACAUCAUCACCUUCGUCAUGAUCGCCAAGCCCGACGUGGCCGUGUGCGCCUUCCGGAGGAUCUUCCUGGGCCUGGGCAUGUGCAUCAGCUACGCGGCGCUGCUCACCAAGACCAACCGCAUCUACCGCAUCUUCGAGCAGGGCAAGCAGACGGUGACGGCGCCGCGCUUCAUCAGCCCCACGUCGCAGAUCGCCAUCACGUCCAGCCUGAUCUGCGUGCAGCUGCUGGGCGUGCUGGUGUGGUUCGCCGUGGACCCGCCCAACACCAUCGUGGACUACGACGAGCAGAAGACCAGCAACCCCGUGCUGGCCCGCGGCGUCCUGAAGUGUGACAUCACAGACCUGCAGAUAAUCUGCUCGCUGGGCUACAGCAUCCUGCUGAUGGUCACCUGCACCAUCUACGCCAUCAAGACGCGGGACGUGCCCGAAGACUUCAACGAGGCCAAGCCCAUCGGCUUCACCAUGUACACCACCUGCAUAGUGUGGCUGGCCUUCAUCCCCAUUUUCUUUGGCACGGCCCAGUCGGCGGAGAAGCUGUACAUUCAGACGACCACUCUGACCGUCUCCAUGAACCUCAGUGCCUCCGUAGCGCUCGGCAUGCUCUACAUGCCCAAGGUGUACAUCAUUAUCUUCCACCCUGAGCUGAACGUGCAGAAGAGGAAGCGUAGCUUUAAGGCUGUGGUCACAGCUGCCACGAUGUCAUCGCGUCUGUCCCAGAAGCCCAGCGAGAGGCCCAACGGAGAGGCCAAGACGGAGCUGUGUGAGAACCCGGCCGCCGACCCCAUGAGUCAAGCAACCAAGAAAACCUACGUGAGUUACAACAACCUCAGGAUCUAAUGUGCUUCAGAAGGAGCGGCGUGACUGACGGGGGAGGAGACGCCGAGGGAGGCAGACGGAGACGGGGGAGGGAGCGCGGGCAUCCCAGCACCGCCCGCAGCACCUAUGCACCGGGACUGUGCCACCAUCCACCUUUAUCCAGACAGACUGCACCGCGGGGGGUCCGCGUGGCUGGAGCGGCCUCCGCAGCGUGCGCCCCCCUUCCCUCCGUCACGGAGCCCCUCGCCUGCUAAAAGGGGUCACUGCGAGCGGGGACGGCAGCAAAACAAGGACAGUGGAGCUGCUUUCCACAUAUUUUCCUUUGAAAUGUCAUUAAAGCCAUAUUCUCUUGGGGUUCCCAUUAUCAGAUUUCUGUUUUGUAUUGUUUGGAAGUGAUUUUCUUCUGUGCCUCUUUUUCUUGAAGUUGAUUUAAUUACCUUGAACAGCAAGCUCUGCCACAUCCAGUAUUUUGUUUCACUGAAAUCAACUCCAAUCAGUCAAGAUGAAUAUUACGUUAGAGUGAUGGGCAUUGUAAGUAUAUAUUUUUUUGUAAAUAUUUGAGAGUAUUUUCAUGUUUGGGGUACAAAAUAGAUAUAAAGUCUUUGUUCAAUUGGAUUUGAAUGGUUAUGAAAAGCACCACAAAGUGUUCACUUUGCAUGUGCCAAUGUAUGUCUGUUCUAUUUGAUGUAAACAAAAAAAAAAGAGAAAUAAAUUCUAGAAAUGACGAUGAGCUUCAGCGAUCUUCUGCCGUUUGUUCUCCUCACCAGGACUCAACUCCAUGAGAUGACAGAAUAUGGCUUUAAUCUGUUGUUGACUUGACCCCACCUCGUGUCUGCAGCAUGUUUGUUUUCUAUAGUUUCGUUCCGGGUCUAUUAUGCCUAAUUAUGGUGUGGGUAUCCAAGCAAUCAUGCAAGUAUGUUGUGAUGUCUGUCAAAUAAUGAACAUGUAAUAAAAUCAUUUUGUUAUCUUUUAUACAAUUAAA